AUGACACAGAAAAAUGCAGCGGGCACCCCUGCUAAAGCAAAUGUCAGCCACAUCCAAGGGAUUUCUUAUUCUUUUUGCGAGGGAGAGCAUCAUUACAAUAGUUGCCCUAGCAAUCCAAAGUCAGUGUACUAUUUGGGAAAUACUCAUAAUAAUAUAAACAAUCCAUACUCCAAUACGUACAACCAAGGUUGGAGUAGUCAUCCCAACUUUAGUUGGAGUAGAAAUCAAGGACGAAAUGAUGUUGGAACAUCCAAUGCUCCAGCAUAUCAACAAAAAGGAAACUAUCCUCCACGAAUUGCUAACCAAGGUCAGGGAGCAGGACAAAAGCCACCUAAAGGAUCAUUUGCAUCUUUGGAGAAUCUGAUGAAGCAGUAUAUGGAAAAGAAUAAUGUCACGGUACAAAGUUAUGCAGCAUCGUUGAGGAAUCUAGAAUUGCAAGUGGGCCAAUUAGCAACAGAUUUGAAGAGUAGACCCUAUGGAGCACUGCCUAGUGAUACCAAGGUUAGUGAGCAACCGAAGGAUAGUCAGGACAUAGCGAGUAAAGAGGUCAACCCAGUCAAUGCUAAAGCAUCAAAUUUUGGAACAUCGCAUGCAAAAGUGGAUGAGAAAAGGAAAAAGAUUGAACAUGAAGAUGCUCCAACUGAGUUUCGACCCACACCACCAUACCCAAAGCGGCUGAAAAAGAAAGAGCAGGAUGUGCAAUUUAGAAAGUUCCUUGAUGUGCUGAAUCAGUUGCAUGUCAAUAUACCGCUGGUGGAAGCAUCGGAGCAAAUGUCGACUUAUGUGCGGUUCCUCAAGGACAUACUCAUCAAGAAAAGGAAGUUGCGAGAAUAUAAAACUGUAGCAAUGACCAAGGAGUCCAGCAACAUCCUUAUAAGCAAAAUUCCUACUAAAAUUAAAGACCUUGGAAGCUUCACCAUACCUAUUUCCAUCAGAGGGUAG